AUGGCUGAUAAGCUACGUACACUCCAGAACCUGGAGGCUUUGCAAGCUCGUUAUGUCGGUACCGGCCAUGCUGAUACUACCAAAUACGAAUGGACGUCCAACAUCGUCCGCGAUAGCUACGCCUCAUACAUUGGACAUCCCCCCUUAUUAGAAUACAUGGCAAUAGGAAUGGGGGAGAACAAGGAGAAGGUUAGAGCUAUGAUGUUAGAAAGGAUGGUUCGUGGGGCAGGAAAUCCGCCAGAGGUGCAAGAAUAA